AUGCUGUUCCGGCAAGAUCGAGAUGCUUUCCAACAUCCCACGACGCAAGAUCGGAAGGGUACGUUCAGCUGUGUGUAUCUGGCCAUCGGUAAGCCGCCGCACGGGAGCAGCAAGUUCGCCGUGAAACACGUCGUGCCAACGAGUCAUCCGCGCCGCAUCGAGAACGAGCUGCAAUGCAUGACCGACCUGGGAGGCGUUAGCAACGUGAUCAAGGUGGAGACGUGUCUGAGACGCCGGGACCACACAGUCAUCGUCAUGCCGUACUUCCCACACGAGAAGUUUCAGGACUACAUGUUGGAUAUGACGGUGUGUGAGGUGACGGAGUACAUGAGGAACCUGCUGCUCGCCCUCAGACACGUGCACGCUGCCGGCAUCAUACACAGAGACCUGAAACCAAGCAACUUCCUCUACAGCCGAAACACGAAAGAGUAUGCGUUGGUGGAUUUUGGCUUGGCACAGAAGCCAGAUGUCACUGAUGACUCAUCAUCUAUGAAGCCAGUAACCCGUUCCAGAAGCUUCUCUCUGGGAAGCAAGGUUUUACAGGCCGUGAAGAAACAACUGCCAAAAGCGAGGUCGGGCUCAACAGGGGGCGCUGCUGCGAGCAGCGACAGCAAAAGAACGCCCGAUGAGUCUUUGGUGAACACAUCGAGUCAGAGCGUGGUGAAGAAGAGAAGGACCAGUGAGGAGAGCUCUGGUGUUCACAGUCUCACGUCAGGCCAUGAGAACAAAGCUGCAAUGGACGCAUUACUGGCAGUUGGUAAGACAAAGGCGACGCAUGCUGCUGGGGGAAGGGUUGCAGCAGUCGAUACCGCAGCGUUCUUCUUCGCGAAAAGCUACCAGUCUCCGCGGCGCACCCUGCUGGCGAGAAGAGCCAUCAUGAGCAUGGGAGGGCGACAUGGUUCAGCGUCAACAAGUACUUGUAAGACCCAGCAGACUGUCAGAGACGUGAAGAAGAAGUAUGCGAUUAAGGACUGCAGUGUUCGCAUCCACAUGACCUGCGCAUGUCAUGGCAAGCCCAAGGUCUGCAGAGUGUGUCUCGCAAGGAAGAGUCAGUUUGCACCGAGGGCCGGCACACCAGGGUUCCGACCUCCCGAGGUGCUACUGAAGCACCCUCUACAAACAACAGUUUGUGGGAACCAUAUUAUCAUGUCUUCGCCUGCCCUGAACGCAUGGUCACAAAUCUUUGUUACAGACAAGACUGUGCUGUGCAGUCAGCGAUGUCCUGCCCUCGAUCUACGGAAGCUGUGCGAGAGACUGCGCCACGGCAACGACGUCGCCAUGGAGACGAGGCGCACGCGACGCGACAGCGCGCGUGGCUCCCCCUGUCGGCAGUGCAGGCAGGUGCCGUGCAUGUGCAGGAAUCCGGGCGCCAGGAUGGCGAGGACGUCGGCGGGUAGCGCCACAUGUGCAUCACCGCGCCGCUCGAGCGACGUCGGUGGCGUAGGGGGCGCCACUCCACGGCCCGCACGCGCGAGGGGCGGCGAUUCGUGGAAGGAAGUGCCGCCAAGUGCGUACGCACUACUGUAUCAGCUGCUGGACUUGAACCCGAGCACCAGGAUUACGGCUGCCGAGGCCAUGGAAAGCCCGUUUCUAACAGAAGGUAGGGAACCGGGAUGUCGCGAGAAAUAGCGCAAUAUGUGCGGAGACGUGCAUGUAUUGUCGCUGUACUUGUGUUGUCGGUUUCUGCUGGUGUCACUGUCCGUAUUGCAUCACUGAAACGGAAUCGCACAAUUUUUUGUCUUCGGAUGAAAUGACAGCACUCUAUAUUUUCUAAUACCCGAGACUGUAUAUAUCGUUCUUGAACUGUGAAUGCACUAGAACUGCCAAAUUUGCUUGUGUUGAGGCCGCUUUCUGCGUGCGUGCGUGCGUGCGUGCAUGUGAGUCCACGUUCGAGUUGUACGUGUGAAAACAUUCCCAUAGACAUAGAGAGCAAGUCAAAUUAUGUUUUGAAAUUUAUUGCAUGUAAUCUUCUAAUCUAAAGGCAGAGUCGCCUCUCUAAUCACUCUGAUUGGCUAAUAAUUGUUUUCACGUUUCUCGUCACGGUUACUAUGGUGACGCAAUAUGUUACUGAGAGCUAGGUUAUUGCCUAGUUGUCCAAUACGAAAAAUAUUCUGUAACAAAGUUUAAUAAAUAUAUACUAAUUGAUGUUUUUA